AUGCAUUUGCAGCCAGAGGUGGCCCAAAUCACAGAGAUAGACGACGACGAGGUAGAGGAGGAUCAGACGAGUGACAUGAAAAUGACGCCCAUUCAGCAUUCGUUUGUGGCCUGCACCGCUGUGCUCCUGGCCGUGACCUCUGCGGCCAUGGCCAGUCCUUUGGGCAGCAGCUACCUGCCGCCGCAGGCCAAUGCCCACAGCAGCUACAACACGGCAGCCUCCAGCUCCUCCGCGGGCCACUACGCAGCCCCCUCGGCCACCUAUGCGAUCCGAUCGCACGCGGCGGCAGCGGCUCCAUCCAGACAGUACUUGGCUCCGGUCUCCCACAGCAGCAGCUACUCCGCGACUGCCGCCUCUCAUGCCAGCUACUCCGCACCUGUGGCCGCUCCAUCCAGACAGUACGUGGCGCCAGCUGCCUCCCACAGCAGUAACUCAGCGCCUGCCGCCUCUCAUGCCAGCUACUCCGCGCCUGCCGCCUCUCAUGCCAGCUACUCCGCACCUGUGGCCGCUCCAUCCAGACAGUACUUGGCGCCAGCUGCCUCCCACAGCAGUUACUCAGCGCCUGCCGCCUCUCAUGCCAGCUACUCCGCACCUGUGGCCGCUCCAUCCAGACAGUACUUGGCUCCAACUGCCUCCCACAGCAGCUACAGCAGCGCUGGAUCAUCCUACGCCGCUCCGUCCGUGUCUCAUCAGAGCUACUCCGCGCCCGCCGUCUCACACGGAUCGAGUCGUAGCUAUGCCGGACCAGCCGUAUCCCAUGUCAGCUACUCGUCACCGGCUCGCUAUGCAACAGGCUCGGGCCAUGGAGCUGGUGGCUACUCCUCGUCUGGCAGCAGCAGCAGCUACGGACAUGGCCACUCGGGAGCUACUCGCUAUGCCUCCAACGGUGGGUACGAAUACCGCCUGAAGCACUAA